AUGGCGGACUCAGAUACCCCUAUCACGAUAAACGAGCGUAUGUAUAGAACUGUCAAAGAAGGCGCAGCAUCCAUUUUGGCACCUUACUCGAGAGACAAAGAGGCGAAAAAAAGCCAAGUCGCUCAAUCUCGCCAGCCUAGGAAUAAUGACGAGGGCAACCAAGCAGUCUUCUAUAAUCCGAUCCAGCAGUACAACCGUGACUUAAGUGUACUUGCCAUCCUUGUCUAUGGUGAAAGUGCGAUCGCUAUCAAAAAGGCAAAGCAUGCUAAGAACGUCAAUCGAAGUAAUAAGAAGAAACAGAAGACGUCAGCAACUCUUCAACCCGUACCAGGAACGGCAGAGUUUUCAACCGAUAAAGGAAUUCCCGUGAGUAACGAAUCUACUGCAACCAAGCGCAAGGCCGAUAACGCCGGCCUUGACGAUAGCACUGAUAAGUUCAACACGAAGCGAGCAUGUAUUGAUAAUGGCGUUGACAAGCAGAGAGACGAAGGCCACGGGACGACUACCAGUGGGCACACUGGACAUGCAGAUCACCAAUCAACUUCCGGAAGUCUCGCGCAAGCAGUACCUCCCAAGACUAGUCCGGAGAAACGUCCUUACCAGACUCCAUUCGCCAUCCUCGACGCUUUGUCUGCCAGUGGUCUUCGUGCCAUUCGAUAUGCAAAAGAAAUACCAUUUGCCACGACUGUGGUAGCCAACGAUCUGCUUACUGAGGCGGUCGAAGCCAUAAAACUCAACAUCGAACACAACAAGCUCCAGGGCAAAGUCUUUUCCAAUGUGGGUGAUGCUCGACAGUUCAUGUACAGCAAGACUGGCAAUGAGGUUGUGGACCCAAAACCUGGCUACGUACACAAGUUCGAUGUCGUUGACCUAGAUCCUUACGGGACAGCUGCUCCUUUCAUCGAUGCUGCACUCCAAGCUGUGGUUGAUGGAGGUAUGUUAUGCGUCACAUGCACCGAUGCUGGAGUAUGGGCUUCCAAUGGGUACCCAGAGAAAGCGUAUGCACUCUAUGGUGGUAUAUCUCUCAAGGGUAGUCAUUCACACGAGGCAGGCUUGCGCUUAAUUUUGCACUCUAUUGCAACGGCGGCAGCAAAAUAUGGUCUCGCUGUUGAACCACUUCUGUCCCUAUCGAUCGACUUCUAUGGGCGCAUGUUUGUUCGUGUACACAAGUCUCAGCAGGAUGUCAAGCUGUUGGCUGGCACGACGAUGGUAGUCUAUAAUUGCGAUCAGGGCUGUGGUGCUUGGCAUACUCAGCUCGUGGGCCGAAAUCAGGAGAAGAAGGCCAAGAACAACGAACCAUAUUUCAAACAUGGUUUUGCGCAAGCACCCUCUGUCGACAAAUACUGCAAGCACUGCGGCACAAAGAUGCACCUCGGCGGUCCGAUGUGGGCCGGUCCACUGCACAACCCUGUCUUUGUACAGAAGAUUCUCGAUAAACUUACGACCGCCGACAAGACUAUGUAUGGUACAACCGAGCGAAUCAAGGGCAUGCUCACUGUUGCCCUAGAGGAGGAAGAUAUUGGCUGGCCUGUGAAAUUGACCCACAAGGCUGCAGAGCAGUCUUCGCACGUGCCGCACACCAAUAGAGGCCCUCAAGUACAAACAGAUGACCUUGACACGAAUGCCUCGGCUCUUAUUGCUAGAAUGCCGCCCUCUUUGCUGUCACCAGCUCCUUUGUUUUUUCUUCCAACCUAUCUUGCGAAGGUGCUAGCCAUGCCAACUCCAGCGGAAGAUCCGUUAAGAGGCGCCUUCCUCUCUCUAGGCUAUACUUGUACAAGAUCACACUGCAAGCCUGGAAGCUUCAAAACCGAUGCUCCCUGGGAAGUAAUUUGGGAGAUCGCGCGGGAAUGGGCUCGACAGAUGGAGAAUGAGAUAUUGCCACGCCUGUUUGGGGAAGGAGAAUACACUGAUAAGGGCAGUGUCAAGAAGUCAAGUCCUGGAUGGAACAUUCUGAGGCGGAUACGUGGCCGGUACUCUGACUCCUUGCUCGCGGUCAAAACCAGAGAACGGUUACUAGAACAAUUGGGCCUGGGUCAAAAUUCGACUGCGGUUGACUCUGUAUUAGAUCUGCAAAGCAUUUUGAAGAGCGCGUUGUAUGACCUAGGCCACCGAUCGAGGCAACAAUCCUUCACGACGAAUGGUUGUAUUGACUCAAGUCGCAGCCACAGUACUGUUCAGGAUACUAGAGUACCAGGCACGAUUACCUCCGCAGAAUCCAACGGCUCAAUUCGAGGAUCUCCUCCAAAUCAUAACGUUUCAUCCAUGUCAAAUGAUCAAAACUCCAGCAUGACUGGCAAAUCGCUCAUCGAAAACGGUGUAGAUCCGUCAGAGCUGAACGUCGUUUUCGAUGCGAGGCUUGGACGUGCCUUUCGGGAGUCAGGAGGCAAGCUGGUAAGAUAUCAGAUGAAUCCUCGAGCAAACUGGGGUCCUAUGGUCAGGGCUGGUAGUGGUACCUGA